AUGGAGAAGAAGAGCGUGAAAAUCUUUUUAAUGUUGUGCAUACUUGUUUGUCUGGCAGGGAUGGGAAUAAUAUUUGCAACAAAGGAAAAUAGUCUAGAAUUCGGGAGUGGGGAUGUUAAUCAUUCAGUGCUAGAGACAAAAUAUGAAACGUGUCUAGAGAUAAAAGAUAUAGAGGAAGAAAACUCUCCAAGCAUUGAAAAACCCCCAGAAAGACCAAGUACAAGCGCACAGAAUAUUUUAAAUAAAAGUGCGUUGAAUACAGAAGAGAUAGCGCCACAUACAAGUUUAAACACAGGGACUUUAUUAAAUAUAAAGGAGCAAGAACAGACAGUAAGAGAAAACAUACCAUUUAAUUUUGUUAAUAAAGAAGCAGAGAUUUCUACAGAAAAUGCACCUAGCACAGAGCCAGUAUUUACAAAAUAUAAUGAUUUAAAUGAGCUUAUAAAAAAAGAAAGUGUGAUUUCGGGUAUAGAAAAUAAAACAAGUCCAAAUCCAUUGGAAAAUAAUUCACAGGAAUUGGCAUCAGUUUCUACAUGCAAUCCCAAAGAGGAGUUGAUAGAAAUGUUAGAGUGCAUAGUUAAAAGAAACCCAAGCCUAGAUCCAAAAACUCAAAAAAUUUAUAAUGACAUUUAUACUAUUAAUGCACUUCUCAUAAACAGAAACACAGUUGUACUUGAAAAUUUGAGAUUAUCCAGUAUAAAUGUAGUAGAAAAAAUAACACUAUGGGAGGUGCUGCAGGCUUGCAAAGAAGGAAAGUCCAUAGACAUAGAUGUCAGCAGUUCAGACCCUAUUAUGUGGAUCAUUUUUUAUUAUCCUAACGACCUUUUGUAUAUUCCACUUAUUGUACAUGCGAUAUUCACUUACUAUACUCCGAAAAAUAUAUCUAAUAUCACUAUAUCUAUAUUAAAGUUUAACUUCGAGUUUAACAUAAAUGUUUUGAAUGAAUUUCAAAUAUUUAAAGAAGUAAAGAGCAUUACAAUAGCAAAGUCACAUAUUUAUUCCAACACACUAAAUAUAUUAAAAGACUUUAGCAAUUUGAAGGUACUUUAUAUUUCAAAAGGACUAAUAUUAAAUAUAGGCGAUGCAUGCAUUAUUCCAACCUUGCCAACAACCCUAGAAAGACUACAAAUAUCUGAUAUUGAUAAAUACAAUGUAAACUGGAUGCUUAGUGAAUUAGACUCCUGGGAUAAUAUAAAAGAAAUAGAUAUUUCGGGAGUUAACUUCAUGGAUACCUUUGUUCUGAACAAAUUAAAAACGCUUAGCAAAAUAACUUCAUUCAGACUCAAAGACAUAGUGUUUGCUGGUGCCCCAAACUUUUCCUUCCUUAAACAAAUGAGUGAACUAAAUCAGUUGUUCAUGUGCAAUAUUUUCUAUUCCUACACAGAAAAAUUUGAACUAAACAAGUUAGAUAAAAUUAAAAGUAAUCUAGCGUACUUAUUCCCAGACAUUAUAGAAAAAAAAGUGAUGGUCGGGUAUGCGUAUCUAGCAAAGGAAAACAGAAUGGUUGGCGAUUACAUCUCUCCUAUGAAUAUUAUUGUUGAUAGCAAGCUGUAUGCUGACCUAAGGCUGCGUAGAAUAGAAUGCAAAGCAGGGAAACCAUAUAAUAUUCGAAUUGAGUUUGUGAAUAGUAUGGAUCAUUUAUUGGCUAAUUCAGUUGGAUUACAAUUCACUCUAAAUGAUACACAUUCCUGCCUUGAUAUUAAAGUUGAGCCGAAAGCAGCAGUAAAUCCUAAAUCCUUAUUGCUUGAGAAUCUAAAAAAUAUUAAAUUUCCAUUCUUACAAAUUAAAACCAUUGAAACAAUACAUCUAGAGAGCUCCCUUAACAACAAAUCAGAAAAAAGUGCAAUAAUGGACAUUCUUUCACAUCAAAUUAUGAAGUAUGCAAAGAACAACAAGAUAAAAAACAUAAAACUGGUAUCCCUAGUGCCAGCAGCAAGAAUAGAUAUACGCAAGCUUGAUUUAUUUAACAGAAUUGUGCCGAGUCUUGAAAUCCUAAAGCUAUCAAAUAUCACCUUUACAACAAAAUACAUAAUCCCCAAAAAUAUGGAUGAAAAAAAUAUUCUGAAGACCUGUAAAAAAUAUAUUAAAAAUAACCCGAAUAACGCAAUUGGGUCUUACUUAUUUUCCAAAAAACAAAAUAAUCUUACGCUUGUUGGGAAUUUAUAA